AUGGCAGUCGUCCUGCUCCGUGUUGCUCCGGCAACUUUUGGCCUGUCGCUUGCACACCAUGCACUUCUUGACAACGAACGCAAGCCCGGAGCACAAAGAGGCUUCCGCUCCUAUCUUCGAUCUCAACAAGCCAGCGAUGCUGGCGCGGAGCUAGCCCACGACAGCUCUUGCAUCGCUGGAGGGGACCUGGAUUUCGCGAUCGAAUGUCAAGAGGCGUUCAAUCUUUCGAUCGAAGCGGCAGACGACACUUUCUUGGAUCUCAUUGAGACCGUGAUCAAGCAGGUUAAAGACGACUGGUGGGAUCAUGAGACUGGUGGCACGCUACUGGAUCUUGUCACCUGUUCCAGGAACACAUCCCGGGCUAUUGAGAUCGAGGAUAUGCUCGUGGCGCGCCAAGGGUUGAGUGCUGUCGAUUCGCAAGUCUUCGUGCCAAGCGGCGACACUAUCGGUUGUCGGGAUACCACUGAGUCUGUCUGGAACGAGGACCCCUUCAGCGCCGUUUCUGACGCCAUGAUCUCUUCGACGAGUGGCAGUGUGUCCUAA